AUGAUAUACUUACACGGAGGAGGAUGGUCCUGGCUAUCUGUUGAUGUCUACAGUAGAUUUCUCAGCCAUCUUUCUAACGCCACAGGACUCCUAAUCAUUGCCCCAAGAUAUCGACAAUCUCCUGAACAAGUCUUUCCAGCUAAUCUGGAAGACUGUCGCAGGGUUACUUGGGCAACGUUGGCGGGAAAAAGUGGACUUUCAAUCCAUACGAGUUACGUCAUUAUUGCUGGGGAUGAAGCUGGAGGCAACAUGGCCGCCUCUUUAGCCAUAGAAUUUCGUUCAAAAAUUUUCAUGCAGAUUCUUAUCAAUCCCAUGUUGCAAAUGUUUGAUUUCCAGACUCCAUCCUUCCAAGAUCAUAAAGAAUUGUUAUCAGGUAUUGCGUCACCUGCAAGAUCAGCUAUAUCGUGGUUGAGAUAUACUGGUAAUCCUAUUAGCUGGUUUCCAGUCUUGCUAAAAAAUGCUCACCGAUUCCCAUCGCUAGAAGUCAUGAAACACCAGUCAUACAUGGACUCAAAAUCUUACCUACCGUCCUACCUAAAACUGACAAAUUCGCAUACGGUUCAAUCCCAGGAAUAUGACAGUGUUGUAAGCAAUGCAAUGAAAAAGUUCAUAACUUCGGAAUCUCUCUGUCCUGCACUAACUAAUAAUGUUAGAGGUGUUCCCAAUAUGUAUAUAAUUACUUCACAAUUUGAUGUGUUUAGGGAUGAGGCAGUCAUGUACAUCACGAGACUGCAUGAAGAAAGUGGUUCUAAGGUGAAAUUAAAACACUACAAACAAGCUUUCCAUGGCUUCUUCCCGUUUGCUGGAAACAAAGGUUGGUUUCAGUUUAAAGUGAGUGACCAGGCUCUGCAAGAAUUGGUUGAGUUUAUCAGUUACCAGGUGCACAGAGUGAUGAAGAACCCAUCAUCUUAACAAUGUUAGAUGGAUUUAAGUAUUCGGAAUAAACAUUU